CUUAAACUAAACUCUUCUCUCUCCCACACACACACACACACUAAAACAAGUCAUCAGACACAUUCUCUCUAUCAUCAUCACUCUUGUCUCUUUCUCUCUCACACACACACAUACUCUCUCUCUCUCUGCUUCUUUUCUUUUUGAGACUUUUUAACCUUAUGUUUAGCACCUUUUUCACAAGGAUUCCCUGAAAAAGCCUAGGGUUUCUUCACCCAAAAUAAGAAAAUCACACUCAUAGAGAAAAGAUGAAGAAGAAUCAAAAUACAUUCAACACACAUUCACUUGUAACCCAGUUAAAGAUGGAAACUUUGUGAUUGUUCAAGUCAAAAAGUACCAAGUCUUGUGCUUAUAUUUAUUGGGAGUUGCUUUUUUGGAAACGUACAUGUGAAGCAAAUUACUGUUUUUUUUGUCUUUUUGGUUCUUAUUAUCUCAUGUACCAACUGCCACUCUCCAUCUAAUACUACUUUUUGCUGCGUGAAGAUGGAAUCUUGUGGAUCUUGUCUUUACUUGUUUCUGCUACUUGGGUGCUUGGAUUUAAUGAAUUUAUGAUCUGGGCUUUCUUCUAUAUGCCUCAAUUAGAGAGCUGAUCCUGUAGUUAGCAGAUAUGUUUGUUAUUAAUGCUAUGAUUUCACAGGUUUGGUCAUAUGAGUUGUUCUCAUAUCAAAAUGAUGGUUACCAAUAGCUGGUGUUUGGAACAUUUUGAAAAUUCGGGGUUUUUGGGUAUUGUAGUUUUUCAGUUAGCUGUGUGUAUAUUAAUUUAGUAAUGGAGGACAUUGGGUUAUUUAAACAAGCUUGGAUGUGGUUGCAAUCAAAAAAGGAUUGUUACUCUGUUGUGAGGACAGCUGCUGGCUGUUUUAGGGAUAAAAUUGCAAUUUUUAUUGAGCGGCAUUGGCCAAUUGUUUGCUGUGGAUGUGCAAAACUAGGAAAAGGGCUCUUUAUCUUGUUCAGAUACUGGAAAGAUUGUUUAGUACGGGGAUGUCGAUCGUUUGUUGGGCUUGGAUCCGCCGCAUUGCUAGUUAUUAUGUGGAGCUGUUUUCUAAGUUUAACAUCGAUGUCAUGUCUGGUCUACGUGCUCCUUAGUAUGGGUGCUGCAGGUGCUGCUGUUCAGUAUUUGGGUUGCACUCCUGGGCUUUUCAUUGUGGGGCUCUUUGCUAUUCUAGUUUUGUGGAUCUAUGCCAAUUUUUGGAUUACUGGUGUAUUGUUUAUAGUUGGAGGUUAUCUAUUUUCAUUAAACCAUGCAAGACUUGUGGUACUUAUGGCUACCAUAUAUGCUAUGUAUUGUGUAAAAGUUCGAGUUGGAUAUCUUGGAGUUGGUCUCUCAAUAAACCUCGCGUUCCUCUCCAAUGACUUAAUGAACUACUUACUCCAGUGGUGUGACAAUUUGAGUGAACGCACGCACGUUGAAGAUUAUAAAGAGUCUGAAUCGUUUACUGAGGAUGACUUCUCCACAGAUUAUGAAUCAUCUGUUCCUGUGGAUGAACCUGAAAAGGUUCACGCUUGCAAAAGCAAAACAUUCAGCGACGCUGCUUCUACUUCAUCAGUUGUUACCAAACUGAAAGAACCCCCUGUUAAGCAAGUAAUUAGAGAAGAUGGAAAUUCGCUUAUUGAGAUGAAGCGGAUACUAGAUAGUGCAGAUCAUUAUGAAGCACUAGGGGUUUCUCGGCAAAAGAAAAUUGAUACUGUGCUGUUGAAAAAAGAAUAUCGGAAAAAGGCAAUGCUUGUGCACCCGGACAAAAACAUGGGAAGUUCACUUGCCAGUGAAUCAUUUAAGAAACUUCAAUGUGCAUAUGAGGUUCUUUCUGAUGCUGUCAAGAAGCGAGACUAUGAUGAGCAACUCAGAAAGGAAGAGUCUAAGAGUGUAAUGCAAAGAUCAGCUAGCACUUCUAACCAGGAGUCCUCUAACUACUGCGCAGAAGAGUCGAGGCGUAUCCAUUGCACAAAAUGUGGCAACUCGCACAUUUGGAUCUGCACCAAUCGGACAAAGGCCAAGGCAAGAUGGUGCCAGGAUUGUUGUCAAUAUCAUCAAGCCAAAGAUGGAGAUGGAUGGGUAGAAUACAAAGGAUCAUUGGUUUUUAAUCGACCUCAAAAGGCGGAGAUACCUCGUGCAUUCGUCUGUGCCGAGGGCAAGAUAUUCGAUGUGUCAGAAUGGGCCAUAUGUCAGGGUAUGGCCUGUAGACCGAAUACCCAUAGGCCGAGUUUCCAUGUAAACAUGGUUGGAUUAGAGAAAUCAACCCAGAGAUCCAAUUCAAGCAGGUAUCCCUGGGAGUUGGAUGCUGAGAUGACAGAUGAAGAUGAAGAAUUCGAGCUGUGGCUCCAACAAGCUCUAGCUUCUGGACUUUUUUGCGAAACUCCAAAGCGCAGAAAGACUUGGAGUCCUUUCAAGUUGAAUCAGAUGAAAGGAAAGAAGCAAUGGAGAAGGUCUUCAUAAGCACAUGCAUCAAAAUUGGCUAUGAAUUUGUGCAUGCCACUCUUUUGAUGGAUCAACAUCCACUGCCCCUAAAAUCAGGACAAAACAAAAAAUGAGGAUAAUAACACACGAAGCGAUAUCUUUAAGGUUUCCUUAUGCAUCACUCGAAGAUGACUGAGCUUCUCAUCAAGGGAGAAGCCAUACGUUGGCUUGGCUAAGGAAGUAAAAAUGUGCUGGUUUAGCUGAUCCAUUUGUAAAUAGCAUCCUAAUUAUGUGGCAGUGCAUUUAUCUAUUGCGAUGCUCGGUUUUUUAUCAAGAUCCUUUUGGAUUGAGUAGGAGGUACAAAACUGAGUAAAUCUUUGUACAUCUGAUGAUCCUGCCUGGAUUUGUACUAUUUUAGGUGCAAUAAAUUUCAGAGAAGAUAUUGUACUUUUUAUGCAAUUGUAGGACAAUUCAUAUUAUUGAUUCCA